AUGCGACUUUUGUUUUUACUAAUUUUGGUAAGUGCUGUCCAUUCAAGACGAUCAUGGGGAACGUGGAAAGUUUCGGAUGAAAAAUUGAAGAUUAUCACGACAUUUGGGGUACAACCUUUUAAUAAAAUUGAGCCAGAGUUAACCAGAGGAUUCCUUUUUGGUAAUGCGACUGCCAAAACCGAUGAGAAGAGUGAGUUUGUGAUUUUUACGUUGAAUACCGUAUUUUAGGUGAUGUUGCUCUUCUAGUGAUACCAGAAACCCGUUUUCACAGCUUCAGACAUUCUGAUUUCUGGCAGUUUUCUUGUCCCGCACUAAUGGAGGUAAGAUUUAACUCAAUUAACAUCGAUAUUUUCAGAAUAUAAGUGGAAUACUCUUCGAGCCGAGGUGUUUACGUAAUGGCAGACGUGGAGAUCACAUGCGAUGGAUUCCAUGCCCUAAGGGAAAAUAUUGCAUUGAUGAAGACAAGCCCUCACAAGUGAUCAAAGGAAGUCAAUUCACCUUCAGGAUCGAUGAACCUUACGUUCCGGAGUACUGGCACAUUAUUUUAGUGGCUUGUAGAUUAGAUGAGAAUUGCUCUUGGGUGGAAUCCGAGAGAUUGGAACCAAUCGAAUAUGACAUUACACUUACGAACGGGCAUCCUGUUUACGGGAACUGGUUGACAAAUCAAUUUUCUUUUGAAGAACAGGUAAUAAUGACCGAUAUUUUGUUUUAUUCAGAUUUAGAAUAUAUUGGAAGUGAUCUUCCUUGGUUUCGUGUGUUUUGGAAUGUUGUCCAUCGUUCAAGGAAGAUCCCAAGUCAAAUCGAAAUAUCACAUUUUGCAUUUACGAAGUCGAUUGCUUUUAUGGAUUAUUAAUCUAGAGGUGCUAAGAUUGGGUAUUCAGUUGUUUAACAUGUCUAUAUACGCUCUGCACGGAUCGGCGUUUUCGAUAUUGAACUAUUUUGCAGAGGUAUGUCUAUCCACUUUUUUAAUUACAUAUUUUUAGUUGAUAAGAAACCUGAGCGUGUGUUUGUUGUGUUUACUAUUGCUGCUGCUUAGUAGUGGCUGGUCGUUGAGGAAAACGGGUGUUUCUAUAAAGGGAUACUACGUCUUCAAUGUCUGGCUCAUUUUCUCCUUUGCUCAUCUCCUUGUGUUCACUUAUGAUUACGUAAGUUUAGUGUUUGUUUAUUUAUUUUUUACCUUUUUUAGGUCUUUAUGGAAGCAGGCCGAAACUACUUUGAUUUUGUGGAUUCGAAGGUCCUCCAUGUCAUCGUUGGACUCCGCCUGGUGCAAGGAAUCUGGUUUUUGGUGGAAAUGAAAAGAACUUUGAGGAUGUAAGUGGGGUAAGUAUUGUUUAAUUGUUUAGAGAGACAAGCCGAGAUCGCUCAAAUUUCCUCGUCCAUUUUGGUGCCGCUUAUAUGGUCUGGUUUACAUAUUAUAUUCUCCUGGUACUGGUUUCCAUGGCAGUUUCUGAAUUUUGGAGGAUAAAAUUUGUUAUAUGUAAGGUUUUCGCAGGUUUUUUGAAUACGUAACUGCCCGGGGUAACUGAUUAUUUUAGCUGUCACCACCUUUGCCAACUUUGUUGCAUUGGCCUGUCUCGUUCACAUCUUUUGGCCUACCAGUUCGUACAGAAAGUUCUUUAGCAGUGAUCUUAUGGUUCAUCGAACGUUGAGUAAUGGAUCUUCGGGAGCUGAAAACGACGAGUAUGACAUGUUAAUCGCUGUUGCCAUGAAUUCUGAUGACGAGGAUACUCCCCACACUCCAUUUCAUUAA